AUGCUCCCAAAUGUCGACUGUGAGGAGUCGCUUGUGGACAUCCUUGACUGGGCUAAGGGCGUUGUCAUCCUUGUUCUUGUAAAGAAGGCACCAGCUGGAGCCGAAGACUAUAGAAGCCUUUGCUGUGAAUGUCUCCUUGAACUUCUCGACAGACUUGAAGUUAGCAGUAAGGACUUCAGCAACCUUUGGUGUAACUGGGAUUGUUUCAGGCUGAAGGCACUUCCAGAAGAAGGAGCGGUUGAAGCGCUGGGUAACGUUGUUAAAGAGUGGGGCUUCUGGAUAACUUCCUCAAUGGAGAAGCCGAAGAAACUGAACCCAUAUCCUUAG